CUUUCUUUAAAAAUAUCAACAGCUAGUUAUUGUAUACAAAUACAAUCACAUCCAACUGACAACAUAACACAAAUCAGAAAAUUCUCAGUGAUUCUGUUUUAAAGAUGACAUCUGACAAACAAGUAAAUGACCAGUUGAAAAGUAUAAAAGAGGCAACUAGGCACUGGAAUGGUGGAACGAGUCGUAAAAUUCAGAAACUGUCGUUAAUGACGUUCCUGUGGCCCCUUCUACCUAAUCUUCCACCAGAGCCGCCUUCAGCAGCUGUUGGGUUGCUACAGAAGGAAGUACUGGACCAGUGUGAUCUGUGCGGAAGUCCCGGAACACCACUGGUACAACGCAAAGUUCCGAACACCCAAGAACUCGUUCGGUUCGACCCAGUGGCUGGGUCACCGUUGUCAAAAAUGAUGGCUGAAAUCGAGAGAAAAAUGGAUGAUACACUCACAAGUUUAGAAACAACGAUACAAAAAACUGAUAAACUCAACAAAGAUGCACAACAGCUUGAAUUGGCUGGUCAGAGCGUAAUGACGGAUAAGGAACUUGUAAGCACAUUACAGUCACUUACCAAAGAAAAAUCUAACUAUGAGGACAGAGUGAAGGUUCUUGAAGUAAAAGAACAGCUACUAAAAGAUUCGUUAAGUACUGCAAUUGACUGGGCAAAAAAAGUUGAUGUACCUAAAGAAUUAGUUUGAGCAUAGUUUUCAUCAAUUGAUCAAGCUUAGAUGCUGAUGUUUCUGUGGUUAAGUAAAACUGAUUGUCAAAAGAUU